AUGCCUAAAAGAGGAGGUAGAAAGAGCCACCCAAGAAAAGAUAAAGGUGGGGGCGGAGGUGGAUCCAAUUUUGGACGAUUUAAAACCAAUAAGAAUAAGAAAAAGACAGGCCAAGGGUCAUCGAAAAAUCAUGGAACUUCUAGAUCGACAAAUAUUGAUAUCCCAGAGUUGAUGGAUCUCGAUGAAAAUGUGUAUAUUCCUGAAAUAGAUGCUAAGGUGUCUAGGAAUAGUAUGAAAAACUUAUCUAGAAGACCAGGUCGUCAUCAUUUAUACGAAGAAGUUGGGUAUACGGAUAAGCACAUAGAGGAUACGUUAAGACAGCCAUUGCGUAAUAGACCUAUAGAAUUUGUUAAGGCUAAGCAAGUAUACGAUCCGAGCGCUGAAUUGUUCAAGAAGCUAGGUAAGAGUGGUAUUCCGAAGAUACACCAGGAGUUACUCGAUAGUAUGAAUUCGCCACCAGUGCAGGAGGCCCAUGUGCCCGAAUCGCCAACUUUAGAUAUUUUGUCAGAAGAGAGUGAAAAUGAUGCUAUACAUGAAGUAGCUACUCACCUAACAUCGUCAAAUACCUCGCUUGACUCGAAUAUAGAAAAUAGGGGUGAAACAUUGAAGAAUGCAGAUGACGGACAGUCUGGCGACGAAGCAGAGCAAACGGAAGACACAGAAGAAGAAAGGGAAAUCGAAAAUGACGAAAAUGAAAAUUAUAAAAUAGAAAGCGAAUCAGAAAGGGAUGAAGAAGAAGAAGAAGAAGAAGAAGAUGCGUUCGUAAUAGACGAUACAGGCGAUGCUGAGAUUGCAAAAAAUCUUCAUCCAGUAAAGCCGAUGACUUCAUUGUUAAUUCAAAGUAAAUUGCCAAAGUUAUCGACUCAGGAUCACGUUGAUAGCAUAUACGGGGGUGUGGAAUAUGACCCAGUUCUAAAUAUUGGAAAGGUUUCUUUGCAAACGAAGAAAGAUGCAAACGGUCAAUCGACAGCGGAGCUUAUGUCAGUCAAUCAUUUGAAUAAAAUAUCGACAAAAGGUUUCAUCGAGGAGAGAAAAAGAAUCCCUAAUACAGAGAAGAACGUAUCUGAUAUUUCAGAUGAUGAUUUUGGUGGGUAUAAAGAUUACAUUGCUCAAGUUAUGCGUGAUGGAAAGCUUGAUGUGGAUUCUGAUGAAUACGAAAGUGAAACUAACUUUGAUAUUAUGGCGUCUUCUUCCUCAUCAGAAGAAGAAAAUGAUGAUGAUGACAAUGAUGGAAGCGAGAAAGAUCCAUCAGAGAUUGAAUAUGGCUUCCUUCCUGAAGAUUAUGAAUUUGAUGUUUCUCAAGUUUCUAUAUCAAACGUAAGAUUUGGAAUAAAGAAUCAGUUUUAUACAAAAUGUGCUGAAUUAACGGGAUCCGAUGACCAAUCUAUGUGGCUUGAUGAAGACGACUUAGUUGAUUACGUUCUUCUGAAAGGGGUGAAAGAGCAUAGACUAGACAGCUUUAUGAAGUUCAUUACAAAGGGAUUGAUUGAUGAAGAACUGAUAGAAGUUCCGAAUUAUUCAGAUGUAUAUAUUUCAGAAACCUCCGAAGAGGAAGAAGAGACGAAUGAUGACGACGAAAAUUUAGCAGCUAUGAUUGCCUUCACCAAAUCACAACAGCAAAGCUUUAUGGACUUAGAUAUACCUUCCACUGAGAGAUUGAAGACUAAGGGCCUGGGUAAAAAGAAACAAUUAGACCUCGAUAGAAUGCAACUAGAUAUAGAUAUGCGGGAAUCAUUGCAAGAUCAAUAUCAGGUUCAUCGCGAGGCAAAAAGAUCAAAGAAACAACGCCGCGAAGAAGCAAGACUUGAGGAAGGAAUUGCUAGACAUGAUUUAUUAAUUAAAUAUCCCUACUCAUUGCACAUUAAGGAUAUUAGCAAUGAAUUUGAAGUCUUUUUACACGAUACUUCAAGGGAUUCCAUGAAUUUUCCUCCAUUAGACCCACAUGGAAAUAAGACAAUUAUUAAAAUAUCGAAUUUUUACAACAUGAAAUCAUUAAAGUGUGGUACAGGUUUAAAGCUGUUCAUCAAGGUUUCCAAAAACAGAAAAACUUUUCAUUAUUUACCAAGGUAUGAUCAAAUUGGAAGUGUUUUGAGACAAAGACCAAUUUUCAAUAGAACAGACCAAAAGAGACCUAAAGAUGAAAUAACUCGAUCUGAUGGUAAUUCCAAGAAGGACAGGUCUAGAGGUCGGAACAAAUCACAAUCUAAUGCUCAAACCAGGGAAGGAGAAAUUGUUGGAGCUUCUGCUCCAGAGAUUGGUGCGAAUAAUAUUGGUAGACAAUUAUUAGAGAAAUUAGGUUGGAGUAAGGGUGAAGGUUUGGGUGCGCAUGGAAAUAAGGGCAUCAGCGAACCUGUUGUAGCAAAGAUCAAGAAAUCAAAGACUGGUUUAAAAUAG